UUAUUCCAUCAUGGCGUCGACCGGCAAAUCCAGAAAAUCUCGAAGUAAAAAUUCGAGCCCAGGCGCGACUCCAUCUAAAAAGAAACGACCGGGAACACCUGGUAUUGUGCAGGAAGGAGAGUUGCCUGUUGAGCUGGAGUUGUCUGUCCCUGCCCCUAUAAUAGAUGAGACGCCAGAGAGAGCACCAGCUGUAUUCAAAGACCCCAACUUCAUUCAUUCCAGUAAAGGCGCUGCAGGGAACAAGAAGACACGCAUCUGGAAGAACCUCAAACAGAUCAUAGCAGCUGAACGCUCGUUACCAUGGCAGCCAAAUGAUGUCACAUAUGGUGGAAUAGACGCUCCACCCUCCUUUAAACCAGCUAAGAAAUACUCCGACCUAUCAGGCCUGCAGGCUCCGUACACAGACCCUCAGACCAAGAUGAGGUAUGCUACGACUGAGGAGUUUACGAGAGCAAGGAUGUUGCCGAGUGAUCUCGUUACCGGGUACCUAGCGCUGCGGAAAGCCAACCCACCAGUACCAUGAUAAACGUACAUAUGAUGGAUGUUCUGAUGAGUUGAUCAAACAGGGUCAGGACUGUCAGUGACAAGACUAUCAGUACAUUAUUCCAUGAGGAGAGAAUACUCCCCUGGGUCUGCAGCGACCACAAUGGCAGCCGAGGGGGGAUUAGAUGGCUGCCUCUCUGUUGUCUCCUUGGUAACAUUGCUGAUUGACAGGACAUGGGGCUGCUUACUGGUAGUCAUAAAUCGUGAUAUGAUGCAUGUUGUUAGUUAUGGUGAUAUGAUACAAGAUGCUGUGAAUAGAGUCUAAUUACUUUCUCCGUAAUGAAAUAUUUAUUAUA